AUGUUGAAACGUGGAGCCCACGGUGAUCAUAUGCGCAGGGAAGAGGAAGGCGUUUUGGGGAUGGCCAGCACCCCAGAUGAGAAGCCCCAGCGGGCCACAGCGGCCCAGCUAGCUAAUAGAAAGAUCAAGGACGUUCGCAAACGCCGAGCCGCAACGCCCACUGCCGGUGCAGGCGCACCUGAGACGGCAUUCAACCCGUUCGCCGGCGCCGCGGCACCAGCACAGACGCAGUCUAGUGGGUUCCCAUUUGGUCAGGCUCAGAGUCAAAGCUUCCCUGGUGCAAGUUCAGGGCCGAAUCAGGGGGGAAUCUUUUCGUCGGGCACCAACGGCCAAGCGGCUGCUCCGGCACCAUUCAGUUUCGGCGGGGGAUCUACCUCGUUCGGGUCUGCACCUUCGAGCAAUCCCUUCUCUGUGGACACAUCAUUUGGCGGAAGUACACAACCAAGCAGCAAUGGAUUCAGCUUUGGGGGAUUCAAUGCUGGGGGUCAACAGUCCGUUCCUUCGUUCGGUGGAUUCGGAGCCCAACCGAAUACAAGCACCCCAGCAAGUACCCCAGCAAGCACUGGGUUGUUCGGAAAGUCUGUAGCACACAUUGCUUCGCCUGCCGAUGACAGCAUGCAAACUUCGCCAGACACCAAGCCCAAAGGAGAUUCCAUGUUUUCGCCCAAGCCAGCCGCGGGUGGGUCGACGUUCAGCAAUCCCUUCGCCAACAUUUCGGGGCAGAGUACAUCCACCAAUAUCUUUGCACCCCCAAAGACAACUCUGACAGAGCAAUCUGCCGCCAAGCCUGCGGAGUCACAGCCCUUUAAGCCUUUGUUCGGAUCAACUGCCGCUGCUCCGAAGCCGUCGGAUGCGCAAAAAGAGCAGCCACCGGCUAGCAAUCCAUUUGCAAACCUAUCAGGGCAGACUUCAGCCAACAGCAGCAACAUAUUUGCCCCGAAGGCACCGGUAGUGGACGGGGCAUCCCCGAAGCCUGCAGAUUCAGCGAAGCCUUUCGGGUCUCUUUUCGGGUCAACUCCCAGCACUCAGCCUUCAGGGCCUGCUAGCAAUUUGUUCGCCCCCAAGCCAGCGGCGGAAGAAGCAAAGGCAAGCAAUCCGUUUGGGAACCUGUCUGCGCCGACUUCGUUCGGUGCUAUGCCCUCGCCGACUUCGUUCGGUGCUAUGCCCUCGCCGAAGGUCACUGGAAUAGAGAGCCCUGCGAAGGCCGCUGAAGCUCAACCGUUCAAGCCUCUGUUCGGCACACCUGCAGCGUCGAAGGUCGCGGAGGCUGACAAGGGGCAAACCCCUCCGCCAGCAUUUAAUAACAUAUUUUCACCAAAGCCGGCCGCUGAAACAGCAGCCGAAAAGCCUGCGGCAGAGCAGCCGUUCAAGUCUCUCUUUGGUACACCCGCGACAUCAAAAGCCCCAGAGGCCGCGAAAGAGUCUGCCGCAGCGCCAGCCUUUGGCAAUAUGUUCUCACCGAAGCCGGCCGCCGAGGGUGCAGCUGCAAAGCCUAUCGAAAGCCAACCGUUCAAGUCCUUGUUUGGAACACCUGCGACCCCAAAGCCUGCCGGGGCGGAGAAGGAACCCGCGGCGGCGAGCAAUAUCUUUGCGCCUAAGGUGACAAGUGAAGAGCAGACUACCGUGCCUGCAAAGACCCCGCAAUUGGGGUCAGUCUUUGGGUCUCCUGCACCGUCGAAGCUUGGAGAAGCACAGAAUACUCAGGCAACUCCUAGCAAUCCAUUUUCUAAUCUGUCGGGGGCAGCCGCAUUUAAUAAUCCGUUUGCGCCUAAGCCAACAGAGCAGGCUGCAAAGUCUCAAACACCGAGUACAUCGUUGUUUGGUGCAAGCGCAGCAAUUGGAAGCAACAAGGACAAUAAGGAGAAUAAGGACAAUGGCGCAGCUGCCUUGGGGACCUCAUUGAGCAACCCAUUCGCUGCUAGUGCUCAUGCUAUUGAUGAGACACACAAGGAGAGUGCGACUGAGGCGACUGCUCAAGCAUCUUCUAAAUUCUCACAUGAUGCCUCCAAAGAUACAAGUUCUUUAGCUCUCCCAUCUUCUUCUUCUUUUUCUCUCCCCUCUUCCACCUCAACUUCUACUGUUACCAAUCCUCCUACUCCUUCAGAUCUUUACCUUGCUUCUGACACUUUCAUUGCUACGGACGCUGACAGUCGUUUCCCCCGACCUGAUCAUCCUCCAUCACUCGAUUAUCCUGAAAUCAUGCCUCUCAAAAAUCCUGUUCCGGGUGCGAAGGAGAUCAACCCUCGCCACCAGACCGAGGCGGCUCUCCUUUGGAAACUUCGCAUGUUGACUGAGUCAUUCAAGCGUGAGGUCGCCAAAUGCGAUCCUAUGACUGAUGAUAUCGACGAUGUGAUUCUUUUGUAUGUUGAUCUCCGUCGGGAGCUCGGCAUUCCCAUCGGGGCUAUCGAUCCCGACGAAGAGCACGAACGGACCAAUCUCGAUGAGACCGAGGCUUACGCUCAGGCGCCACCGACGGAAGUGCGCCAGCGCGCCUCGACUCCUGAGAGUUUCACAAUUCCUCGGACGCGCAUGGACGAGCCUGCGAUCGCCAAGAACCCUGAGACCGGUUCGUCGACCGUCUCUAAGUUCGCCCAAUCUUUCUCUUCUUCGGCUCCUGCUUCGGCGCCUGUUACUGAUUCUGCUGGCGCUGCUGCUGCUGCUGCCGCUGCUGCUGCUCCUUCGGAUUCUGUCUCUACUACUCCUGUCUCUGAGACCACUGGCUCUGUCGCCGCUACCGCCGCCACCGCGCCUGUUUCAACUACUCCUGUCUCCGAGGCAUCUGCCACUCCUGCCCCUGUCGCCAGUUUCACUCCUCCCACUCCUGCGGGAAUCCCCAAGUUUGGUGGUGGUGCCACUUCGACCUCCGCUUCGACCGCCACUUCUGCUUUCCAAAUUCCCAAGUUUGACGGUGGUGGUGCCACUUCGGCCCCGGCUUCUGCUUUCAAAGUUCCUAAGUUUGGUGCGGCAUCUGGCACCGACUUCAUGGCCCAGUUUAAGGCGAAGGCAGAGAAAACCGCAGCUGAAGAAAAGGCUAAGAGGAAGGCCGAAGACUUUGACUCUGACGAGGAGAAUGAGGAAGAGUGGGAACGCAAGGAUGCGGAACGCCAACGCGAGAAGAAGGCUGAAGCUGAAGCCGCAGCAAAGAAGCGCGCUGUCUUCGUGCCCGGCGUAGGUUUCAAGUUUGUUGAUCAAGACAGUGCUGCCGCUCCCACUGAUGCUGCUGCCCCCACUAACACUGCUGCUCCCACUGGCACUGCUGCUUCCACUGACGCCCCCGCUCCCACGGAUGCUACUUCGAAUGCUGCGAGCGCUGCGACUACUCCAACUGAGGACUCUGCCGCCACCCUCCAAGCCAAACCUGCGAAUCCACCCUCUCUCUUCGCUACCACCGCAACCUCCUCGGUAUUUGGAUCGGGUGCCCAGCCAGUCCCAGCCUCGCAGAACAUCUUUGGUAGUAUCAAGCCGACUAUGAAGCGCAAGGCUUCUACGGAUGAUACCGAUAACGAGGAUGAACUCCCUGCCAAGAAGAGUAAGUCGAUUGUUCCUUCUGAUGCAGGUGGCAGUUUGUUUGGACGGGUCGCAUCCCCUCCAGCUGCGUCAAACACUGCUCUCAACACUGCUUUCCCCCCAGCGGCCUCGAAGAACCCUUUCAAGACACCUUUCCCUCCUACUCCGCCUAAGCCUGCCCCUAACACUUCUGUUCGUCCAGCUGCUUCGGCUAUGAAACGCAAGGCUUCUACGGAUGAUACCGAUAACGAGGAUGAACUCCCUGCCAAGAAGACGGCCUCGAAGAACCCUUUCAAGACACCUUGCCCUCCUACUCUGCCUUCCCAUCCUACUCUGCCUUUCCCUCCUACUCUGCCUAAACCUGCUCCUAACACCUAUGUUCGUCCAGCUGCUUUGGCCAGUUCUUUCCCAUCCGCCACUUCGCUCUUUGGUGCGCCAGCGGCUUCGACUGCCUCUUUCCCUCCGGCUGCCUCGAACGGUCUUUUCGGCACUUCUCCCCGACCAUCUGCUUCGCCCUUUGGCACGCCAGCUGCUUCGACCCCUUUGUUCCCUCCGCCUGCUCCGUUUUCUGGCUUCGGCCAAGCCGCCCCAGCCAACGCUUCCCCUCAGCCUGCGGUGGCCACUCCCUCGGCUCAGGGGGGUGAGCCCACUGCCAGCACCGAAGAAGAUGAUGUUGAGGCGGGUGAGAUCUUUGAUCUGACCCGAGCCAACACCGGUGAAGAAGAAGAGAACGUUCUUUUCGAGGACAAGACGCGAGCUUUCAAGCUUGACUCCCGGUGGGCGUCCGUGGGAACCGGCCCCGUUCGUCUUCUGCAGCACCCCGUCACUGGACGCGCACGGAUCGUCGCCCGCGCUGAGCCCUCUGGCAAGGUUGUCUUGAACACUUACUUGAAGAAAGAGCUUGACUACAAGCUCACCACCAACAGUGUUCAGUUCUUGGUGCCCGAGGAGGGCGGUAACCUCCGCCAUUGGGCGCUUCGCGUGAAGCGUGAGCGGCUUCAAGAGUUCUACGACUUGAUCAAUAAGUCCAAGAACUAA